AUGUCAGAACCUGUGCUGUUGGACUAUCAAAACGGAGUCACUCGAGAUGAGAGUAUGCAGCAGGAUUUUGGGGAGCAGGCAAUGCAACAGGAUGACCCAGCUCCUGAAACCUCUGAAACUCAAGCCACAAGUGAAUUGAGCGCUGAAGAGAAGAUACGUCAAGCCGAGCAAGAAGCCAAUGCAUUAAAGGAGGCCAAUGCUCAGGCAGGAUUGGCCACUCGAAUCAACGAUCCCAACGGCGCAGAGAAGGCGGCCGCUCAAGCUGAACUCGAUGCUAGGUCCAUAUACAUUGGAAACGUCGACUAUGGCCUGACGCCAGUAGAAGUGCAACAACAUUUCGCACCUUGCGGGAUCGUGGAACGUGUUACCAUUCAGACCAAUAAGGCAACGGGCCAGCCCAAGGGGUUUGCUUACUUGGAAUUCGAGAAUCCUGAGAGCGCCCACAAGGCGGUAGCUAUGCUUGACGGAUCAGAAUUUAGAGGCAGACAACUCAAAGUCAGCUUGAAACGGACCAACGUGCCUAUGUUUAUACGAGGUCCUCGUGGACGAGGGAUGCGUGGACGCGGGUUCAGAGGCCGUGGGCGUGGGUUCCGAGGCGGAUAUCGGGGCCAGCGGUACAACCCGUACUGA